ACUGCUGUUUUGCUGUCGAGUCACCUCUGUCAGGCUGGAGGAAAACACACCGCUAUAAUGCAACAUCACGAAGGAUCUUGACAGCUCAAUCUAAUCCGAGACAGAUAGAUAAAAAUACUAUUUAUUCAAAACGUUUGCGUCGUGUCGGUAAGACUUUGCCAAAAUGAUGGAAGAAAUCGACAGGUUCCAAGUACCUCCAGUGAACGGGGAGACACAGCCUCUGGAUCCAGCAGCAUCCUCAACCUCAGAGGCAGACUCAGACACUAGAGAAGGAGAGACUGUGGCCAUGAACUACAAGCCUUCGCCACUGCAGGUCCAAAUAGAGAAACAGAGGGAUCUUGCUAGAAAGGGAUCAGUGAAGAACGGCACCGUGGGAAGUCCUGUCAAUCAACAGCCCAAGAAAAAUGCAAGGACAAGGUUGGUGGUGCCAAACAAAGGCUACUCUUCUUUAGACCAGAGUCCAGAUGAGAAGCCCUUGGUAGCCCUGGACACUGAUAGUGAUGAUGACUUUGACAUGUCCAGAUACUCCUCAUCAGGAUACUCCUCAGCCGAGGUGAGAUGUCUGAGGGACCAGCAAAUCAACCAGGACCUGAACAUCCAGCUGCUGAAAGAUGGGUACAGGCUGGAUGAGAUCCCAGAUGAUGAGGACCUGGAUCUGAUCCCCCCUAAAGCAGUCAACCCCACCUGCAUGUGCUGCCAGGCUGCUCCCUCCACAGCCUGUCAAAUCCAGUAGCACCGCCCCCCCACCAGAGUCUCCUGCCUGCCCCGUGCACUGAGGCCAACCUCCACCAGAGACCAGUGAAGAGGAGUUACUUUAAAAAAAAAACUAUUGGGUGGCAGUAGCACAAAGGAGAAAAGGGUUUAUCUAAGUUAAAAAAAAGAGAAUAGGUCAAGUCUAUAGAAAAGAGUCAAUAUGUACAGUAUCUCUAUGCACGUUCCUCCUAUGGCAGGGUCUGUGCAUCUUACUUUUGCAUUGUGAAUUCAGCGGGGACUCUGUCUAAUGACAGAAAUAUUUCCCUCAAAGGAAAAAUAUGGAAAAAUAACAUUUUCUUCAUUUGACCUCCAUCUCAUCAUCGUGGAUAUUCUGGUAUACAAGGACCAGCAAAGAAUGUACCCUAUUGUGGAUGAACAAAACUGAUAUUAUGGGAUGAAGAGAGCUCAGAAACUACCAAGACCCUGUGAGGGUCUCAUUAUAUGUUGUGGCGGCGCACCAACCAUGGGAUGUGCUUCUUCUAAUGGUGUGUCAUUGAAGGUCAUAUUUAAUGAAAGGGAAGGUUUGGAAUUGUGUGGAUUUGCAGUAACCAGUGAGUCUUUUUUUCCUCUUCUCACUGUUUUUUCCAAUCAGUCUACUUUGUCUUCCUGUGUAUAUAUGUUUCACAUGUGAAAAUGACAUGUGUCUGUGUGAUUAUGUCCAGGAAAGUAGUGCUAAACCCUCAAGCUCCUGAUAAAACACUAAUCACACUAAGAUAUUGAUUCCAGGUACUAAAUUUGUUUGAACAACUGUUACCCCAGGGGUGAAUUCCUUGUUUCACAUUCAGUUGCAACAACUACUUCAUAAACCUGGAAAAACAAAUAGUUUUGCAUGCUGCUUGUUAUAGUAUGUCCUCAUGACAUACCAUGAGGACACACCAUGAGCAUCUUAGUGCCAUUUAGACUUGUUACAUGAGAUGCACUUUCAAAAACUACAUGUUUUUGAGGUAAUCUAUAGCUUCACUUACUGUAAUGUCAGUAGAUCUGCAGAAACACAAUGCUCUUUAGAAUUAUUAUGAGAACAGCUCAUGUGUUACUGUGUACUUCCUUCUGUUUGUCCAUGUAGCCCUGACAUGCAGUGGAUGUUUCAGUGGAUCAAAAAAAGGCCCAUCACCACCAGUGAAUGUGGUUUCAAAAUAUGGCACAUUCGAGAAUGCAUUUAAAAAUGGACAGAAAUAUUUAACACUCAUUCUUUUUGCAAGAAAUGUGUGCAGAAAGAACAUUAAGCUGUUUUGAGUGAUUAGAUGUACAUUAUGUCAGCUCUGAAGUGUCAUAUUUGGUGAUCAAAAUUGAUUCAGAUAUGCCUGGUUGCAAAUCAAAGAAUGAAAUUUUUCGUUUCUUUUCCUGUAUUUUUGGCUAAGUUUAAAGUGUGUGGUCACCCCCCGGGCUCCCCUUCCUUUCAAAUAAAUUAUUUAUCAGAUUGCCACAUAUAAAUACUAUUUGGGGAAUGACAGUUAUAUAUGUAGCACCUGACAUGCCCUUUGUAUUGUCAAUGUUUUAUUCAUUUAUUUUCAGUGAGGAUGAAAGGGAAAUUGUCCUUGCUGAUUCAUACUGUUUACUUUCAAAGUUUACAUCAUGCUAAUAACAUCUCUUGAGUUCUAAAUCCAUCAGCCAUGGUUCAGUAAGGGGUCAUACUCGUGUGUGUGAAUCUACUCUCAAACAAAGCACUUAAUGAUGGUGGACAGAUUUGAGCUGGGUUUCCCAAAAACAUCCUAGCAUUGAGUAUGUUUAAAUGUGUAUUAACAUCAUAACAAUUUUAACUUGGCACAUGCAAACUCCCAGUAAUACUAAGGAUGUCUUUUUUAGUUUAUUAAACAGGGAAAGCUGUGAUCAGGAUAUGAGGAUACAUCUGGAAUACUUGUGUUCAUAUGAGCAGGCUCAUUCUUAGGUUAGAUAACUUGGAGGAUUUACUUUUUAAAAAUGAAAACCACAGCUAGUGCUAUCAGUUGAAAAUUAAACAAAACAAAUACAGAUACAUGUUACAAUAGAUCAAAAAGAGAAACUUGGAACAUUUCAUUUUUUCACCAAACCAACAUGUGCAGGACUACUCUUGUGUUUUCUCAUUUGGAUAAGUGUCAGCUCUGUAAUUACAGUGUGUGGUCACAAGGAAAAGAUAGAUGUUUUGACACUUACUCUAAUUACUGAAUGACCUAAUUAAUGAAUUUUAUUGCAACACGGCUUAUUGUAUCAGUUUUAUUGCACACACUAAUCUAGACAUCCAUAAAUUGUGCGAGGGUAGCUUAAGUGUUUUUUUUUUUCAUCACCUGACUGAUUGAUGUAGCCUCAGUGUUUCUUCUUUCCACAGAAAACAGCAUUUAUGAGUUAAAAAAAAAAAAAAGUACACUAGAAUUUAUUAAAAACAAUUUUGUUUACAUUAUUUUCAAAUUAGGUGCCAAGUGUGCUUGUGUGAAUAAUGAAUUGCAUUGAUUUGAAAAAGACAACAAUAGAUCUUACGUGAAUAAUAGUUCACGUAAGAUGAAGUGGCCAAGACAGCCUCUAGCUGAGUGUUGGACCAAUAGGUGCAAACAGUCAAAUUUGUAAUUGUAGGAUUGACUAUGAGUUGCAGGACCAUUGACCUGCAUUCUUUUCUAUCCUAAAGAUUAUUCUAAUAGAUUCACACACAUAAGUUAUCAUGGACUUCUUCUGUUGAGUGCACUCCUUUUGGCCAGUAUAUUGUCAUUUGGGAUGUAAAUUGACUCUCAUCUUAAGUUUACUAAAGUAGAUUCUGCCUUAAGUAAUGCAUUGUAACAGAAGAUAUUUAUCAGCAGUUGUAUGUUUUAAUUUAUUUUUAAGUAUGGGGAAAAAAACUGCAUUUUAACAUAGACAAAGAGAUGCUUUUUAUUUGUCAGAUGCUUAUUAUGAUUGUUAAGACAAUGUGAAUUGGUUCCAUUUAGAAUUUAAGUGUUAAUGUUACUGUAGUAUAAAAAAAAUCAAUAAAUAUCAGAUAUCUGAA